GUUCAUUGACUGUCACUGACUUACUCCAGUAUGGCGAGAUCACACAGAGCUGUCUGUCGUUACACCGGAGAUCUCGUGAAUGAAUCGUGACUCAACUGCACUGAAUCAUCGGAUACAAUGAGAAUCUAAUGAGAAAUCAGAGGCUGAGAUGAGAGUCUGAUGUUGGAGGGUUUUUAACAGGAUCCGAGCGGCGGAAAUUCGCUCCGGCCUCUUGAUGCUCUUCACCUGACUGACCUACAGCCGAGAUCAGGAUGAUAGAGGAGAGACGGAAGGGGAAUGUCAUGGCCGACAGGAAGCAGAUCUUCACGGACAUGAAGACGCAGAAUUAUGACACCAUCCGGCUAUCCACGUACCGCACCGCCUGCAAGCUCAGAUUCAUUCAGAAGAAAUGCAACCUGCAUCUGGUGGACGUGUGGAACAUGAUCGAGGCGUUCCGUGACAACGGUCUGAACACGCUGGACGUCUGUACCGAGAUCAGCGUGGCUCGGCUGGAGACCAUCAUCACCUGCAUCUACCAGCAGCUAAACAAACGGCUGCCCACCACACACCAGAUCAACGUCCAGCACAACACCAGCCUGCUGCUCAACUUCAUGAUGGCGGCACACAACAGUGAUGCUCAGGGAAGGCUGAUGGUGUUUUCAGUGAAAGUGAUGCUCUCAGUGCUGUGUGGAGGGAAACUGGUUGAUAAACUUCGCUAUAUUUUCUCUCAGAUAUCAGAUACUCAUGGUGCGAUGGUGAUGUCCAAGUUUGACCACUUCCUGCAGGAGGUGCUGAAGCUGCCCACUGCCGUGUUUGAGGGGCCGUCGUUCGGCUACAUGGAUCACUUCGCCAGAUCCUGCUUUCCUCAACAAAAGAAGGUGAUGCUGAACAUGUUUCUGGAUACUCUGAUGUCAGAUUCUCCUCCUCAGUGUCUCAUUUGGCUUCCUCUGCUGCAACGGCUAGCAAACGUGGAGAACGUCCAUCAUCCGGUGGCGUGUUCUUUCUGUCGGUCGGAGGGCAUGAUGGGAUUCCGUUAUCGCUGUCAGCAGUGUUUUAACUAUCAGCUGUGUCAGAACUGUUUCUGGCGAGGUCAUGCAAGCGGAAACCACAACAACCAGCACGAGAUGAAGGAGCAUUCGUCCUGGAAAUCUCCAGCUAAGAAGCUGGGUCGUGCCAUCAGUAAAUCCUUGGGCUGUGUGCCGAGCAGAGAGCCAUCCCACCCCGUCUACCCAGAAUACCCCGAGAAACCCCUCAACCUCUCCAAUAUAGUUCCUCCCCGUCCAAUAGGAAACAUGAAUGAACCAGUUCUGCCCCCGUCUGCAGGCCCCAGCCCCACUAAGAGACCGCCGACUCUAGCCACAGCUCAGCGUAUGAAUGAGGAACACGCUUUGAUCGCGGCGUAUGUGAAUAAACUCCAGAGCAGCCCACGUGCGUUAGACAGUCCUAGCCGAACGGAUGAAGAGCACAGACUCAUCGCUCGUUACGCCUCUCGUCUGGCCACGGAUCCUGGACACACAGGAAGACCUUCAGACUUCAGCUACAACACCAACAAACAGCAGAGAGAGCUGAUCAUGCAGCUGGAGCACAAGAACAGGGAGAUUUUACAGGAGAUCCAGCGUUUGCGAGCAGAGCAUGAACAGGCAUGUCAGCCGACUCCAGAGAGAGUCCAACAAAACCCGGCCCUGCUGGCAGAACUCAGACAGCUCAGGCAGAGGAAGGAUGAGCUGGAGCAGAGGAUGUCGUCUCUACAGGAGAGCAGGAGAGAGCUCAUGGUGCAGCUGGAAGGACUCAUGAAACUACUGAAGGAUGAGGAGCAGAGACAAGCUGCUCAAGCCGCUGGCUCCUCCCCUAGCCACACCUCCCCUCGUUCUGUGCCGAUGCCCAUUCGCUCUCCUUCCUCAGGCUCCACCCCCUCACACGCAGGCCACACCCCCACCCACGGGCCCCAGGACUCUCUAGCUGGAGUGGGUGGAGAUGUUCAGGAAGCAUUUGCUCAGGGACCUCGCAGAAACCUGCGAAAUGAUCUCCUGGUGGCAGCAGACUCCAUCACAAACACCAUGUCUUCACUGGUCAAAGAGCUCAACUCGGCUGUGAAAGAGAAAUGA